AAUUAAAAGCAGCGCGUUUGUGGCGAUAAAUUCGUGGAACCGCCGCCCAGAUGUUUUCUGUUCGCAGCAGCUGUCGUGGGCGUGUUUAAGAGGCCACUUUCUUGGCGUUGAAACAUGCCAAACCAAACAGCGCUAAGAGUUAAAAAGGCAGAAAAACAGGUUUCAUUUCUCAAACGCCACCCUGCAGAAUACGAGGAAGUGAAAACGAAAUCGAGUUUCGGACGAAUUAUGAUAGCGGAGGAGGGAGGGAGUGGGAGAAGGGGAGCUCCAGCCAAUGGGAAUGCAGGAGGCGCAGACCAAUGGGAGGACAGAGUGGGGUCCGGGGCAAUGGGAGUGGAGCAGGCGCAGGCCAAUGGGCGCAGAGAAAGGGAUGCGGGGCCAAUGGGCAUAGAGCAAGCGCUGGCCAAUGGGAGCGCACGCACACUUCCGUGGUCGUUCUCGACGCCCUCUGGUGCGGACAGUCUGGAAACAAACAGUCAGGGAGGGGAAUUCCAGGCAGGUCGCCGUUUCUUCCGCUUGUUUUGCUUUCGAUCUGCGCGCGGACGGCGGCUCGCGUCGCAUCACGCCCGUUUUCGGUUUUCGUCAGCCGGCCUUCCGCCCCACACUCGAGUAUUAAAAAGUUUGGGGCAGCUGGGCUACGAGCGCCGUGCUGCAUUCGGAGCCGGGGACGGCAGGAGAGCUUUGCUGGAAGGCCGCCAUGCCUGUUGAACGUAUGCGCAUGCGUCCCUGGCUGGAGGAGCAGAUCAACCAGGGCAUGAUUCAAGGCCUCAAGUGGGUGAACAAGGAGAAGAAGAUCUUCCAGAUCCCAUGGAUGCACGCGGCCCGUCACGGCUGGGACGUGGAGAAGGAUGCUCCCUUGUUCAGGAACUGGGCCAUCCACACAGGGAAGUACACGCCUGGCGUUGACAAGCCGGACCCCAAGACGUGGAAGGCCAACUUCCGUUGUGCCAUGAACUCGCUACCAGAUAUCGAGGAGGUGAAGGACAAGAGCAUGAAGAAGGGCUCCAACGCCUUCCGUGUCUACAAGAUGCUUUCCGAGACCGAGAGGCCCAAGAAGAAAGGUAAGAAAGGAAAGAAACGGGGAGAAAAGGAGGAAAAGAGCAAGGCAGAGCGGAGGGUCUCCUCUCACGCGGCCACCAACGGGGGUUCCAGCCAGGGGCCAGCUGCUCCCAAGGUGGAAGACGUGGCGGACAGCACAGUCCUCACAGAGCCCCCUCGUCCGGCCGUCCGCAGCCCCCUGGAUGACAGUCUGAUCAUCAGUGACCUGCCGGACGUGUGCCAGACCAUCGAGGUGAUGACGGAGAACGAGGAGCAGUCUGUCAGCUCCAGCCACCCGUACCCGCUGCAGAUCUCACCCGUCUCCUCGUACGGAGAGAGCGACACCGAUAGUGUCGAGGAGGACACUAAAGAGGGUGGGUCAGCAUGGCUUCCAGGAAGGCGCCAGAACAAGCCCAUGUUCAGCCCCUCUGUGUUGAAGAUGCCGUCCUGCCCCCUGCCGGGCAUGGCCACGUUCGUGACAUCAGGGAAGCCCAACUUUCGUGUCAUCAGCAGCCGGGAGGAGUCGCCUCUUAUCGCCUAUGACAGCACCCCCUGGGACCCCAUUUUCCUGUCCAUCCAGCCUCCUCAGGUCCCGGAUGCUGCCUCCACCCAUUGCCCCGCCCCUGUGCCAGCAGGCCCCGCCCAUGAGCCCCGGGCAAGCGUUAUCAUGAAGACCCCUGACGUGUCCACCUCCACGGUGAAGACCUGCUGAUCCCGGUUCACCUGAGUUGCUGUAUGAACAGUGUAAAUGACACAGGAGCUUAGGGACAGUGAACCGGGGGGGCCCCAUACUGACGGAAGCCCCCUGCCCUUAAUGGACAGAGCGAAUGACCCUCCCCCGUCCCGAAUGAACUGGGAGCCGGGGCAGGGCUUGAUCUUAGUCGGGUCUCGGAAGGUUUGGGGGAGAAAAGAAUCGGUAAAAACUGGCAUGAAAUGAGAGGAACUUUUGACAGCAAAACUCUGACGUCGUCAAAACCACCCUGUGCUUCUUAGUGAUUUUACUUUAUUUUUUAACCUUUUUUUGUCGUUGCUGUGAAUAUGUAAACGGGUGUUAAAAUACCUGCGCAAUUGCAAGUGGCCUCUGCACCUUACCUGAAGCACACAUACUGUUUGUGGUAUCCUGAGCACUUCUGCUUCUCCCUCUAGGCCUUACAGGUGCCUGUGCUUGGUGGACACCCAGUGUCCCUCCACUAAGUGGACUCCCUUCCUCCCGAGCUACAGACCAUGGCUUUUAGCAAGAGCUGAUGCCCGGUGACCCUUUGUUUACUUGUCGCCAAAGUCACGCUCAGCCUCUGACCCUUAUCGACUCCCGAGAAUGAGAGGAGGUGCCAAACUUCUGCUCGCCUUUCCAAAUUCGAGAAGUUGGCGCACAGUUCAGAUCACUGGAGAAAAGGACGCCGUCCUUUAAUAACGUGUAUUGGAUCGUGUCGAGCGGUCGCGGUCUCAGCCAAAGGCCGGGGAGGCGUUAACCAUGAACAGCUAACCGUGUGCACCACUUACGAUGCACUAAUGGGGCACGGUUAUCCAGGACUGCGCCUCCUGCUGACACGUGACACAUCUGAAACCCCUCCCUCUCCCUGGCAGCGCGGCAAGUGCUGACCAUCGCUCGUGCGAAUGGGACUGGAAAUGGGCAGGGGGGAAAUCGUGACUGGGGUUCGCAUUUAGGGAAAUGUCGAGGAAGUGGGGACCAGGAGCAGCGCCACGACUCUGUUCCGGUCGCUUUCGCCUUUUCCCGUUUCCUCACCUCAGGUGGCCUGCAGUGGAGUCUUGUAACUCGCCAAAAAAGCAAAAACUUUUCCUUAAGCACGCUUUUGUAUUUUUUUCUUUUAAGAAAAGGGAAUAUUUUAUUGGAGGUGAAUUCUACAUGAAUAUUUUAUCUUUUUUACCAGAACUGAAUUUAUCGGUUUGAUUUUCAUUUAAAAUGUUAUUGCAUUUGCGCACGCGGCACAUUUCUUGUACCGAUUUUGUAACCAUACGCAACAAAUUUGAUAGUACAUAGAAAUAUAAAUGUGCUUCUGUGUUUAUGCCUAUUUGUUUCUAAAUGCCUGUGUACAUAGGUGUGACACUCCUACAUAGAUAUGGGGUGUCGGGGGUGUGUGUGUGUGUGUGCGCGUGCGCGCGCGUGUGUAACUGUUCUUGCACAGAAAAAACUAUUAAUCCUGUGGAUCGUUAAAUAUGCAAACCUUAGAUCUUGAAGAUUUCUGUUUCUUUUUUUCCUGUCUUAUGAAUUGAAUGGAAUAAAUUCUGGGCACUUUGUGUUUACAUGUCUGGUGUGAAACUGGCUGGUUGUGGGUUUGCGCCCCUAGGACUGGACCCUGUGUGCUUCCCUGAGAAUAGGAGGAGCCGGUACCUCGAUCGGCUAAUUUUCUGUUCAUCAGCAUCCGUAGCUGGACCCCCUUGGUUAUUUAU